CAAAAUUUCAUCCGUAGUGAAUUAAAAAAAAUGUUCAGUCAGAUGAAAUUUUACGCUCUUCUGGUGAUUCUUGCAGAAUGUUUACAUUUAGUAAUAGGGAAAACUGAUCCUUCUUCAAGUAGGAUUUAUCUGGACAAAGCAGAGGCGCAGGGAUAGACUGAUGCUAUUACUCAGUCUCCAAUCCGGGAACUGCAUCAAAAUAAAGAAACAAACCUUCAACCAGAAAAGGUUAUUGAGAAUCUUGCUAAGAUCUUAAGUGACCUUACAUCCAAAUUAGACAUGCAAGAAAAACACAUCUUGUCUCUUCAAGAGAGCGUUGAGGAACUUGCCAGAUCGAAUUCCGAAAACGAAAAUAGUUUGAAAAACCUGAAUGCAGAAGUAAGCGAACUGAAAAGAGCGGUUGCAACGAAAGACGAUAUCAUAAGAAGCAUGGAUAUUAACUUUACGCGACAAGUCGAGGAGACUGAAAAAUUGAAAACAGAGUUCUCUAAACUGCAGAAUAAAUUAAAUGGGUUACAGUCAUACAUAUCAAAAGAUGAAUCUGGACCAGAAGGAAUGAAAUUUCAAGACUAUGAAUACAGAUCUGAUCAAUCGAAUAAAAACACAAUUGAUUCCAAUGGUUCAAAUCUAAAUACCUCAACUGGAAGGAAACAAGAAGAUCGGCAAAACUUAAGCGAAGAUAUUCUGCUGAAUGGAACAAUAGAUAUGCAAACCAGUGCACACAUUUACCGCAAUAAUGUGGAACGUUGGGCAAGAAGUGUGUCACAUGUUGCAUUCCAAGUAGUGGUUCUUGCACCAGGGAUUGACCACCUUGGGCGCGGACAAUCUGUAGUUUUUGAUACUGUUCGCUUGAACCUAAAUGGGGGUUAUAACCGAUUCACUGGCAUUUUCACUGCUUCAAAACCUGGGCUUUAUUUAUUUUCGUUAUCUGUGUUGAGCUACUUUGACCCAAAACCUAAGUGCCAUGUUAGUAUUGUAAAGAAUGGAGUUGCUUUAGCUACAGUAUAUGGGCUUGGUGGUUCUCCUGGCAAGCGGUCUCAAGGUUCCGUCACUGUUGUGAUGCAGCUAAAUAAAGGGGACCAUGCAUGGGCAAGAAAUGAUUAUGUUCAUGAUGCCUCCAUUGGGGGCUGGGGGCUUACUAGUUUCACAGGUGUAUUACUCUCUGCUGUAUGACUUGAAAAUUUGGUAAAAUCGAUGCUUUUCAGUAAAGACAAUAUAUAUAUAUACAUUUUGUACCUAUUGUGAUAUGUGUAAUAUCAUUAAUAAUCAUAUAAAUCUGGCAAAGUAUAAUACAUACAAUCUCGAUAUAUACUGCUAGACUCUGUAUUAUAUUGCAGGAACUGGACAUUACCACUUCGUUAGGAUGCCAUUUGCUCUACUAUGUCCUUAAUUUAUUCCAGAACUGGUGCAAGCAGAUGAUAAUACUAAAAACGAACGCUUAACCCGAUCGGAAGUAGUGGAUGCAAACUUAAAUGUAUAUGAAUACUUGUAUAGCUCCUUCUGCAACAAUAAGAAUACUAGUUCGAUUCCCAUUAACACAACAUAAUCUCAGAGAUUCUUUGAACCUACUACUCAAUAGGGAGAGCGCCGAUCAACGGAUCGCGGGGUCGUGAAUUCGAUCCUCGGGCGGGCCGUAUGUUCUCCGUGACGAUUAUAUAAAAUAUACUGUGUCUGAAAUCUUUCGUCUUCCAGCUCUGAUUCAUGUGGGGAAGUUAGCAGGUAUUUGCGGAGGACAGGUUUGUACUGGACAAGAAUCCAGGAACACUGGAUAGGUUAACUGCCCGCCGUUACAUAACUGAAAUACUGUUGAAAAACGGCCUUAAACCAAAACAAACAAAUGAACCUUCUAAGUGCGUUUUUGGUAUAUUGUGGUAAAUUAUAUGUAAAGGGCAUAUCCUUUGCUAAUGUUAACCACAUAGAAUACACCUUCGCUGGAUUCCGUGUUGGUAUAUUUUCUGGUCAUUUGGAUUAUUGAAUCCACCUAAUACAUAAGUCUGUUAAUUUAAAAUAGAACGGUUUAAGCUGGUGCUAGAGGGGGCUACGUAUUAUGUGAUGAACGUUUUUUUUUCUGCUUGUCCAGUUGACCCCCACCCCCAACCCCAACU